UAAAACGGAUACGAGAAGAAAGUUUAUACUUAUGCAGUUCUGAAAUUAUAAUUUUUACUGUAUUUAAUAAAAGUUGCAACGAUAAUUUCAGCUAGUUGAUUGAUUAUUUGUGCAUUGUAAAGUCGUAAAAAUGAAAUUCCCGAACGGAAACUUCCAUCAAUUUGUGUAUCAUGAUCAAAUGAUUAAAAAUUUGUUAAAAAAGGAUGAAGCACUGCUUCAUAUCCCAACAAUUCCUGAAUUUUUUGCUGGUCAAGAAAUUUUCAUUACGGGAGGAACUGGAUUUGUUGGAAAAGUGUUGAUAGAAAAGUUGUUAAGAUCAUGUCCAGACACCAAGAAAAUUUAUAUCCUUUUGCGAUCAAAGAAAGGACAAUCGGUUGAUGAAAGAUUGACAUCCCUUUGUGAUCAAGUUGUGUUUGAUGCAUUAAAAGUAUUCAAUCCGAAUUUUAAGAACAAAAUAAUCGCGGUAGAAGGUGAUGUUACUGAACUUGGCCUUGGAUUGUCAGAAGAAGACAAAAGCUUAAUGAAAAAUGUGUCAAUAAUUUAUCAUUCAGCUGCUAGUGUUCGAUUCGAUGAUACACUAAAAGAGGCAGUAAUGAUGAAUACAAGAGGAACUAGAGAACUCAUGGAAUUCGCAACUACACUCAGAAAUGUUAAAUGCGUCAUGCAUGUAUCGACAACUUAUAACAAUCUUGGUGUUGGAAGUGUAAAGGAAGAAAUUUAUCCACCAAUUGCAGACUGGAAGAAGACAAUUGAAGUUUGUGAAAAAAUGGAUAGUGACAUAGUGAAUCAUCUUACAAAACGAUACAUAAACUUAAUGCCCAACACUUAUGUGUUUUCGAAAAACCUUGCAGAGCAUGUAUCAUUCCAUUACAAAGAUAGAAUACCCAUAAUUAUUUUCCGUCCAUCUAUAAUAUUCAGUGCAUGGGAGGAACCGUUCUGUGGCUAUGUUGACAACUUCAAUGGUCCAAUGGGAAUUUUGUUAGCUUCUCAUAUUGGAAUCAGCAAGACUAUGCGAUGUAAUCCCAAUGUUGUAUUAGAUAUGUGUCCUGUAGAUGCCUGUGUUAAAGCUAUGAUCAUUUCAACUUGGAAACGAGCUCAUGAACAGCCAAGUGAUAUUCCAGUUAUCAAUGCAGCUACUUCAAAAAUGAUAAAUGUCACUUUAAAACAAUUACUUGAUAUAGGAAUCAGUAGUACUUGCGAAGAAUUUCCAAUGGGCGAGUUAAGUGUACUACCUCCAAGCGGUGGUGUGACUUUAUGUCCAACAAUGAAUUUUAUUAGGAUGUUCUUUUAUCAACUUAUACCAUCGAUAAUCAUAGAUACAAUUCUAGAAAUUAAAGGACAGAGACCAAGGUUGAUGAAAAUCCAAAGAAAGAUAUAUGAAGCUAACAAGGCUCUAGCAUAUUUUACAAACAAUAACUUUGACUUUCAAAAUGACAAAUUUAUAAAGUUAUCUUCAUAUCUCCGGCCUGAGGAUCUAAAAGCAUUUGAAAAUACGUCAUACUAUCGAGGAUCCUUAAUAACUUAUACAAGAUUUGUUCUCUACGGAUUCCGAAGAUAUUUAAUGAACUUAAAAGACUCUGAUCUUGAGAAAGAUAGACGAAAGGCAAGAAAGCUCAAGACAGCUGCCACAAUUUUUAAAUAUUUUGUUUAUUUCUGUCUAUUUUACUUAAUAAUGUCAAAAACAGAUAUUGUAAAGAAAUUUGUUGGAUUUUAAAAUUCAAUACUUUUGACUCUUCCGCUAAUAAACUUGGUGAUCGAUUAAAAUUUUAAUAAAAUAAAGCUUAGACAAUUGAG